GAAUCUCUCCAAUACUGCUUACUUACAUCAUUCGACGGACAAACAUUGAGAGGGAGUUCCUGCUACAAAAUGGGUUUCAUCUGUCCCAACAUUGCUGUGUGGAUGUUGUCUGCAGUCAUUUACCAACUGUGCUCCGCCCAUCCCAUAAGUGAAGAAGGUCCACCAUUCAGCGAAUCCAAGAUAGCCAGACUGUUUACGAUUGGUACCAGGGUGGUACGUGGACCAGAUUGGCAACAUGGAAAUCAGGACGGUAAUCCGCCUGGUGAGGGUAGCAUCGUCACAGAACUCAGUAGCGGCAACGUUUACGUGUUAUGGGACAAUGGGCACAGAAAUAUUUAUCGAAUGGGAGCAGACGGGAAGUACGACCUGAAACUUGUUGAGGAUGCACCUAUUCGUUUGGUUGACGGGGAUGACGAACUCAGCGGUCAAGUGGAAAUCAAUCACGACUGGACCUGGGGAACAGUAUGUGACGUCAACUGGGACAUCCCGGAUGCCAUGGUCGUCUGUCGUCAGCUCGGCAACUUCUUAGAAGCUGUGGAGGUCAAGACGGGAUCGUUCUACGGAGAGAGCGAGCGACCGAUCGUGAUGAACCGUGUGGCGUGUCGAGGGACGGAGAGUCGGUUGGCUGACUGCCCGUUUGUCUGUACCAGCUCUCGUCCCUGUAAUACCUCACAAGUGGCCGGGUUGGUUUGCCGACCAAAACUCAAUACGGUUCGGUUGGUUGGCGAUGAUUCGAACGCCGCCAGCGGACGCGUAGAGAUCUACCGUGAUGCGACCUGGGGGACAGUUUGCGACAACGACUGGGACACGGAUGACGUCCAGGUCGUCUGUCGUCAGCUGGGAUUCUCCGGGGCUGUGGAAGCCAAGUCCGGGGCUCACUUCGGCCAGGGGGAGGGGCCAAUCCACAUGGAGGGUGUGGCCUGUGAUGGGUCUGAGAGUCAACUGGCUGACUGCCCGUCUCAUUGCUGGGAGAAACCGGCAUGUAGCCACGCCCAAGAUGCUGGCGCCAUCUGUCGUCGGGAUGAAUAAGGCAUGAAACGGUUAUCACGGCUUCAGUUAUAAACAU